UAUGCCCACUGACUGCGCACUGGAGCUGGUGGCUGAGAUCCCCCCUAUCCCUAGAACUUUUAGCUUCGCUGCCAACCUGUAACCCAUCCCUGCAAGGAGAAAGGGCGAAGGUUCCUGGUCCUGGGAUUCCUUGGAGUCUUGUAACUUGUUGAUCCUUCUGCCUCUGAAUUCUUGAUUGCGCUGAAGACGCAUUUGGACCCAAAUACUUAACUUUCCAGCAGCACCAUGUUGCCCCUGUCCAGAUCUCAGCUGGGGCUCUUUUUCAUCUUGCUGUGUCCUGCCAACAUCAUAGGGCUUUGGUGGGCAGUUGGCAGCCCCCUGGUGAUGGACCCCAACAGCAUCUGUAGGAAAACCAAGCGUCUGGCUGGCAAGCAGGAUGAGUUGUGUCGGACUGAGCCAGAAAUCGUAAAUGAGGUGGCAAAAGGUGCCAAACUGGGAGUACGUGAAUGCCAGUACCAAUUCAGGUCCAGACGGUGGAACUGCACCAGUCAUAACAAGUACUUCGGGAAGAUCCUCCAGCAAGAUAUCCGCGAGACAGCAUUUGUGUACGCAAUCACGGCAGCUGGAGUGAUCCAUGCAGUGACACAGGCCUGUAGCAUGGGGGAGCUGCUGCAGUGUGGCUGUGAGGUUACACGUAACUGGGGCCCCCCUCCUCCCCUCGCCAUUGGUCCGGGAGCAGAUGGUUCUGCUUGGGAAUGGGGGGGCUGCGGAGAUGAUGUGGAAUUUGGAUAUGAGAAGUCUCGACAGUUCAUGGAUGCCAAGAGAAAGAAAGGGAAGAGUGAUAUACGGACGUUAAUUGAUCUCCAUAACAACGAGGCUGGAAGGCUGGCUGUGAAGAACUACAUGAGAACAGAAUGCAAGUGCCAUGGUCUCUCCGGUUCCUGCACCCUACGCACCUGCUGGAAGAAGAUGCCUCAUUUCCGGGAAGUGGGAGACCGAUUGCUGGAGAGAUUUAAUGGAGCAUUUAAAGUCAUGGGGGGCAAUGAUGGCAAGACUAUUAUCCCUGUGGGACACAACAUCAAACCACCAGACAAACAAGAUCUCAUCUACUCUGCAGAAUCCCCAGAUUUUUGUCAGGCCAACAGGAAAACAGGCUCCCCGGGAACGCGGGGGCGUGUGUGUAACAGUACUGCUCUGGACGUAGGGGGGUGUGACCUCUUGUGCUGUGGACGGGGACACAGGGAGGAGAAUGUUGUGGUGGAGGAGAACUGCCUUUGUCGCUUUCACUGGUGCUGUGUGGUUCAAUGCAAAAAGUGUUCUGUCAAAAAAGAACUGAGUGUGUGCCUAUGAGAUUGUGCAUGCAGCGUGUCCCUAUGACACCAUAUGUACAGCAGGUGCCCAUGAGUGGACCUAGUGUGGGAGAGCCAAUACCACUCCAUCUCGUCCCAAUAUACAGUACCUAAGGACAGACCAUGAACUUGGGUUAAAGACAUGGUCAUCCCUUUUCCAGCAGUCAGAGAACUGAGAUUCCUAAGGUUCAUUACCAAACCAGAACCUAAUAUUCAGCACUAUUUUCUAGCCCAUUGGGUAACUCUGCUGUGUUACAAGUGAUACCUAAUUGGAUUAAGGAUGAGUAGAAGAAGGUGUCUUAUACAGUUCAGCUCAAGGUGCACUUUCCUGUGGAUUGGGUGAAGAAAAAUAUUCUCAGACUCACUGCUGUAGGACACAGAUGUCUGGGAAAUAACCAGUGGGUUGUUGCUGGACUACAACUCUCGGCCUCCCUUGAUGCUGGGAACUAUAGUUCAGUAGGUUGAAAUAUGGCAGGUGCAACAUCCCUGAAAAGUCAAUAGUUACAUAUUUCACACAACUGAACUACAAGACUAUUUUAAAUUUGACAAUCUAGACCCAAGAAUUAAGAAUGUGGGUUCACCCUUGUUGAUGGUAUCACACAAACCAGCGCCCUCAAAUAAAUGAGAAUCUUGAUCUAUGUGACCACCAGUCAAGGGUCCUAAAGGGCUCUUAUACACAGGCUUUUUUAAUGUGCUUUAUGUGCAUUUGAGACGUAGGUUGGAGCAAAAAUAAACGUAGGGAUACCAAACCUUUUUUCACCUAUGAGCCACAUUCAUAUUUGGAGAGCAACAUAAGCAUGUGAAAAAUGUGCCAAAUAUGAGUUGUGAUUGGC